AUGGGAAAAAUUGUUUUCUUUGAGGACAAAGACUUCCAGGGUCGCUCCUAUGAGUGCAGUUCAGACUCCUCUGAUUUAAAUACCUAUGUAGAUCCAUGCAACUCCAUUCGAGUAGAGAAUGGAUGCUGGAUGAUCUAUGAGUGUCCCAACUAUAUGGGCUAUCAGUAUUACUUGAAGAAGGGGGAAUACUCGGAUUAUCAAAGGUGGAUGGGUAUCAACAACUGUGUCCGGUCAUGUCGCAUGAUUUUGCCACACCAUGGAUCUCAGCAGAUAAAGAUCUUUGAAAAAGAAGACUUUAAGGGUCAAAUGAUGGAAUUAUCCAGUGACUGCCCCAAUGUCCAUGAACAGUUCAAGUACAACAAUAUCCAUUCUUGCAAUGUCAUUCAGGGAAACUGGAUUUUUUAUGAGGAGCCAAAUUACAUAGGAAAGCAGUAUCUCCUGAGACCUGGACAAUACAGGAGGUUCAGUGACUGGGGGGCUGGGAAUGGCAGGGUUGGUUCUUUCAGGUCCAUCCUGGAUAACAACUAA